GAUGAAGAGCGUGCUCACCGUUACGCCCAUUUCCAAGAAGAGUUAGAGUCUUUAAAAGCAAGCGUGGCUCGCCUCACUAGCUUACUCGAGCAAACACUAAGAAAUGUCUUUGGAGAAGGUCCUUGCAACCGGCCUGCUAUUUUUGUUCAGACUCCGACAAUGGCUCAACCCGAAGAAACAAUGAGUGAACAUGGUCAAGAACCUCCACACAAUCCAACUUUUGUGCACUCAAUGCCAGCAGCACCAGCCCCUGCGGUCAUAGAUCCAUUUGCCAAUAAGUCCCACAAGACGAAGUCAUCCGAUGGCAUUGAUCAAAAUAAGAUGGCGGCGUUGGAAGCCCGGAUUAGAGCCAUUGAAGGGGUGGACUUAAAUCUUGAGGAAACAUUGCAUGCAUUCAUUGAAAAGCAAGAGACAAUCAACACUCAACUUGCUCAAAGCAUGACAAAUUUUAAAGAUGCUCUUGCAAAAUUCACAUCUGCUCUCAGUUUUCAAGAGAAAGGUAAAUUUCCAUCUCAACCACAGCAAAAUCCAAAGGGGCAAUACAAUGCAAAUGCAAGUAGUUCCGGAAACCAACACAUGGAUCAAGUCAAAUCAGUCAUCACUCUUCGCAGUGGUAAGGUUAUUGAAAAACCCACUCUUGAACCUUGUGAGAAAGAUGAUGAGUCAAUCUCUGAGGGUAAGGAAGGGGUUGAAUCUAAACAUUGUAAAGAAAAGACUGAUUCUCCGCCAGCACUUCCAUUUCCUCAUGCCAUGAGCAAACAAAGGAAAGUCAAUCACAAUUCUGAAAUCCUUGAAACUUUCAAACAGGUAAGGAUCAAUAUACCUUUGUUGGAUGCUAUUAAACAAGUACCUUCCUAUGCUAAAUUUUUGAAAGAUCUAUGUACUGUGAAGAGAAAACUGAAUGUGAAAAAGAAAGCAUUUUUAGCCGAACAAGUAAGUGCUAUUCUUCAGAACAAUAAUGCUUUGAAAUAUAAAGACCCUGGUUGUCCUACAAUUUCUUGCUUUAUUGGAGAACAUAAAAUUGAAAGAGCUUUACUUGAUCUUGGAGCUAGUGUGAAUUUACUUCCAUAUUCGGUUUUUCAAAGUCUCAAUCUAGGUGAGUUAAAACAAACUUCUGUAACUCUUUUACUUGCUGAUAGAUCUGUAAAAGUGCCUAGAGGGAUAAUUGAGGAUGUGUUAGUACAAGUUGAUAAAUUCAUUUACCCUGUAGAUUUUAUUGUCUUGGAUACACAACCUGUUGAAGCAUGUAAUUCAAUUCCUGUUAUUUUAGGACGUCCAUUUCUUGCAACUUCUAAUGCAUUGAUUAAUUGUAGGAAUGGACUGAUGAAGCUAUCAUUUGGAAACAUGACAUUGGAGAUGAAUAUUUUCAACAUUUGCAAGCAACCUGGAGAUGAUAAUGAUUUACAGGAAGUGGACUUUAUUGAAAAAUUAGUUCAUGAUCAAUUUCAAACCACUUCUAGUGAAACUGAGAUUGAUGAACCUGACGAGUUGCAAAUGGUUUAUUUUCAGGAAGAAGCAAAGGCAUGUAAUUGGAGACCACAAAUUGAAGAAUUGCCACCACAAUCAAUUGAGUCCAUACCUUCAAGUGUUCAACCACCAAAACCUGAUUUGAAGCCAUUACCAUUCAAUCUCAAAUACUCAUUUUUGGGAGAAAAUGAAACUUUUCCGGUAAUAAUCUCUUCCAAACUUAAUGCACAUCAAGAAGGUAAGUUAUUACAGACUCUGAAAAUGCACAAAAAUGCAUUAGGAUGGACCAUAGCUGACAUAAAAGGAAUUAGUCCUUUGAUUUGCACACACAGGAUUUAUUUGGAGGAAAAUGCUAAACCAUCUAGAGAAAUGCAACGAAGACUUAAUCCGAAUAUGAAAGAAGUAUCUGGAGUCACUGUGAUAACAAAUGAGAAAAAUGAGUUAAUUCCAACUAGGACUAUUACUGGUUGGCGCAUGUGCAUUGACUAUAGGAAACUGAAUUCAAUGACUAGAAAAGAUCAUUUCCCUUUACCUUUCAUGGAUCAAAUCCUAGAAAGAGUUGCAGGUCAUGAAUUUUAUUGUUUCCUAGAUGGCUAUUCAGGUUACAAUCAAAUUGAAAUUGCAUUGGAAGAUCAAGAGAAGACUACUUUCACAUGUCCAUUUGGUACUUUUGCAUAUCGAAGAAUGCCUUUUGGGUUAUGUAAUGCACCAGCCACGUUUCAAAGAUGCAUGCUUAGCAUAUUCAGUGAUAUGGUUGAACGUUUUCUUGAGAUUUUUAUGGAUGAUUUUUCUGUUUUUGGUGAUUCAUUUGAUGAUUGUUUAACUAACUUGGAAAAGGUUUUGAACAGGUGUGAAGAGAAGAAUCUUAUACUGAAUUGGAAAAAAUGUCACUUUAUGGUAACAAACGGCAUUGUACUUGGUCACAUUGUUUCAUCGAAAAGAAUUGAGGUUGACAAGUCUAAAAUCGAGUUAAUUGCCAACUUACCAACACCAAAAUCUGUUAAAGAUGUUAGAUCAUUCUUAGGACAUGCUGGUUUUUACAGAAGGUUCAUCAAAGAUUUUAGUGUAAUAUCUAAACCAUUGUGUAACCUUCUAACAAAGGAAAAUGUUUUUGAAUGGACCGAACAAUGUGAAAAAGCCUUUGUUAAACUUAAAAGCUUGCUUACUUCUGCUCCUGUCAUUCAACCUCCUGAUUGGUCACUACCUUUUGAAAUAAUGUGUGACGCUAGUGAUUAUGUCGUGGGUGCUGUCUUGGGACAAAGAAAAGAUAAGAAACCUUAUGUGAUUUACUAUGCAAGUAAAACUUUAAAUAGUGCUCAAAAGAAUUACACUACCACUGAAAAAGAAUUACUUGCAGUAGUAUUUGCAUGUGACAAGUUCAGAUCUUAUCUUGUUGGCUCACCUGUUGUUGUUUUUAGUGAUCAUGCAGCAUUGAAAUAUCUUCUCUCUAAGAAAGAUUCUAAGGCUAGAUUGGUGCGGUGGAUUUUGUUACUUCAAGAAUUUGAUAUCACAAUCAAAGACAAGAAAGGCACCGAAAAUGUUGUCGCAGAUCAUUUGUCAAGAUUGACAACCGAUUCGAGAUCUGACAUCACACCAAUCGAUGACUACUUUCCUGAUGAAUCUUUAUUUUCUGUCUCUACAAUGCCUUGGUUUGCUAAUAUUGUUAAUUUUCUUGUUUCAGAACAAUUGCCAGCUCAUUGGAGUACCCAAGACAAAAGAAAGUUCUUGAACGAAGUGAAGAACUUUUAUUGGGAUGACCCUUAUUUAUUCAAAUAUUGUCCUGAUCAAAUAUUUCGAAGAUGCAUUCCUGACAAUGAGACUUGUGAAAAUUGUCAAAAGUUGGGAUCUAUUUCAAAACUUCACAUGAUGCCUUUAAAUCCUAUUCUUGUCAUUGAGAUCUUUGAAUGUUGGGGUAUAGAUUUUAUGGGUCCAUUUCCUCCAUCAUUUGGUUUCUUGUAUAUAUUGGUCGCAGUAGAUUAUGUUUCCAAAUGGAUAGAGGCAAUUCCAAGUCGAACCAAUGAUCACAAAACAGUGAUAAAGUUUUUGAAAGAAAACAUUUUAAGUCGAUUUGGAAUCCCUCGAGCCAUGAUAAGCGAUGGUGGAACACAUUUCUGCAACAAGCCAUUUGAGUCUUUAAUGAAGAAAUAUGGAAUCACACACAAAGUUGCCACCCCUUAUCACCCUCAGACGAGUGGACAGGUAGAACUUGCUAAUAGGGAGAUCAAACAGAUCUUAGAGAAAACGGUGAACCCUAAUCGGAAAGACUGGUCUUUAAGACUUAAUGAUGCACUUUGGGCUUAUCGAACUGCAUAUAAAACAUCAUUAGGUAUGUCACCUUAUAGACUAGUAUAUGGAAAACCUUGUCACUUGCCUGUGGAAAUUGAACAUAAAGCUUAUUGGGCUAUUAAAGCUUUCAAUUCAAACAUUGAUGAUGCUAGUCAGCUGCGAAAAUUGCAAAUAAAUGAUCUUGAGGAAAUAAGAAAUGAUGCAUAUGACAAUUCAAGAAUUCAUAAAGCAAGAAUCAAAGAGUUUCAUGACAAGAAAAUAAUGAGAAAAACAUUCAAUGUUGAGAUGGUCACUCUACUUGCCAACAUGCUCAAGGCACCGUACUACGAGCAUGCGAUGGGUGGUUCGACCCAACAAUUCCCUGAUGUUGUUGUAGUAGCUGAGCGUAUAGAGCAAGGAGUCAAGAGUGGUAGAAUUCCUGUGCCAACUGAGAAAAUAGGCUUUGAAGAUCUCACUUGCGAGUACCAUGUUGGUGCUGCGGGACACAACAUUCAUACCUAUAGUGCCUUCAAGAAAAGGCUCAUGCAUUUAAUUAAAGCUGGAUGGAUAACAUUCGAAGGAACUCCAAAAGUGAGUUUGAACCCUCUACCCAAUCAUGCUUCAGGUAGUGGAUCGGUGAAUGCACUAGAGACGAAAUACACGGGAAACCUCAAAGCGCUGAUGGAAAGACCAAGAGCCAAAGCCUAUGUUACGUGCCCAAUCAAGUCCUUUCUGAUCAAAGGCAAACAAUCUGGAUUGGCAGGCUUUGCUUUCCCAUGUGAAACAAGUCAUUAUUCAUGCAAGCAAAAUGAAUGCUUUGAAAACUGGUUCUUUGAAACCCUCAAAUUGAAGCUUGAACUCUUUUGA